GAUGUUUAUUUUUCUUUGCAAAACUCACCCCAUUUCCAUCUAUAAAUGAGCCCCUCUUCCAAGCCUCAAUUCCCUUUUCCCCUCCUUCCCUCCUUCCCACUAAGGUUCGCUUGUUCCUGUCCAGCAGCUCUGCUGCUUUGCCAUCUUCAUUGCAAUAAUCUCUUGCUCUCCAAGCACUCCAUCCUUGUUGUGUUCUGGAUUUCGUAGCCUUGCUCUUGUGAUCUUUGGCCUUUGCGCUUCAAGCAGAAACUCUGCACAAAUUUUCCACUGAAAACUAAGAUCUCCAGGGGAGACCGAGACUCUGCCAAACUUCUUACCUACCAUCAAGCUGAUACAGGAUACAUUUUGUUUUGUAAUCAACUUGUUUGUGUGGUAAAAGCUCAUAACAUUUUGGCCAACUGAUCCAUGAUAGACUGAGAGAGGAAGGUUGUGGCUUGUUACAUGUCACAAAUCCUCUCGGAGGCUAUCCUUUCCGGAUUUAUGAUCAAUUCGACGCUCCGGCGAGGCACCCAUCUUGUUCUCUCCUUCUCCGUUGUGUUCCUCUACUGGUUCUACGUGUUCUCAGUAAGAUCCUAGCCAAGAUCAAUUCCCAUCCAUUAACUCAUUCAAAUAAGAAAAUAGCAUCCCCAUCCUGUACCUAUAUAUCCAAACUAUAGCCUCUAGAGACACCUUAGAAGAAACUUCUAGAUUUAACUGGGCGUGAACAUAGGCCAAGCUAGGUAAUUUUUUGGGUGAAGCAUUAAGGGUUACUCAAAGAAUUUGUUGAGGAUGACCCUGUUGGGUGGGACCUUUUCAAGUGGGAGUGGGACCUCGUCUGGCUCGAGUCAUGGGACUCGUAGCUUUGGGUCAGAGGGUGACAUGGAGCUCCAGGCUCGGAUGGAGUUGAAGAGGAAGAGAAGGAUGGAGUCAAACCGGGAGUCAGCAAAGAGGUCAAGGCAGCGGAAGCAACAACAUCUCGACGACCUUAACUCACAGGUCGACCAGUUGAGGACGACGAAACAGCAACUCCUCACAGCACUGAACAACACCACCCAGAACUACGCUGCAGCAGAAGCUCAGAACUCGGUGCUGCGCACCCAGAUGAUCGAGCUGGAGAGCAGGCUGUCCGCACUGCGUGACAUCAUAUGCUAUAUGAACGCAAAUCUGCAGGUUUCUAAUUCUGCAACAAUUAAUGCCAAUCCGUCAACUAUCAUGGGCGUCACUGCUAACUACGAUGCUUUUGACGCAAGCGCAUGGAACUCAGGGAUGCCAAUGGUGCAGCAGCCCAUAGAUCACUUGCUAUACCAGUGCUUCUAGCUAGGAGGUAGAAGCUAGAGAAACAAGGCAUCAGGAUAUUAUGCGUGGUAAAAUGUUGUAGGGCCAUUGUGUCACCACUAAUCAGUGUCUUUGUCUUUUGAUUUGUUUAAGGGAUUAUAUGGGUGUAAGGCAAUGGUUGGUUGGCCUUUCGAUCAUGUUAGUUGUAGAUGUUACAUCAAAUUGGUGAGUGGCAAGUUGUCCCUUGGACUGGCGUGGGGUGGUGGCUACAUGUAUUGGUAGGUGAGGGCCUGCAGGGAGAUGACGGCCAUGGGGUGAAGGAGAAUUGGCACCUGGUUCUUCACCAUUGCUAAUUGUAAUGGUGAUAAGUUAUUGUGUGUAAUGUCACGAGUUCCAUUUUCCUGAUUCCCUUUAUGUUGUGUGGUUUCACAUCACUGUUUUGGUGACAUAGUAUGUGUCUAUAUAAAUAUUACGGCAUUAAUUUGAUC